AACAACAAAAAAACCCAAAACAAAAGCAAAAACUGAAUUAAAAUAGAAGGGUUGAAAGAAAAAGGUGAGGAAAUUUUCCAUAAACAAUAAGAAGACAAAGACAAAGAAAGGAAAGUAGGUUCUCCGGUCUCGGGCCUAAGUCGUGGAGAUAUGGCUAAACUCACUAAGAAAGUCAUAAUCGUCGGUAAAUAUGGGACCCGCUAUUGUGCCUCCCUCUGGAAAAUGAUGAAGAAAAUUGAAAUCAGCCAGCACGCCAAGUGCACUUGUUCCUUCUGUGGCAAAACCAAGAUGGAGAAGAGACCGGCUGUGGGGAUCGGGCACUGUGGUUCCUGCAUGAAAACAGUGGCUGGUGGUGCCUGGACCUAUAACACCACCUCUGCUGUCACAGUCAAGUCUGCACUCAGAAGGUCGAAGGAGUUGAAGGACCAGUAG